AUGGGCCACGGGAACUCUAACAAACUCUAUAUCACGCACGCUGAACACGCUGGCGAAUUCGGACAGCAUUCUGCAUCGUCUGGGUACAAAGCAAAGCUCCAAGUACCACAUCCUCGAGCACAAACGCCAUUCGACUGCUGUGCGCUUUCUUUCCAGUCAUUUAAUCAUCCAGUAUGCGCCCGCAACGCGGAUGGGACGGGCUUCGUGUUUGACCUCGUCAACAUUAUCCCUUGGCUAAAGCAACAUAACAAUACACAUCCCAUUACAAAAGAGCCCCUCGCCCCUAGUGACCUUAUAACACUUCACUAUUCGCGCAAACCAUCUGGCGAAAUCCACGAUCCAAUUUCAUUCAAGCCGUUUAGCGAGCACUCACAUAUCGUAGCAAUUGCGACCACAGGAAAUGUUUUCCUUGCAGAAAGUAUCAAAGGCGGUAAAGAUCUCCUCGAAGACACUAAAUUUAAGAAGGAAGACGUCAUCACAUUGCAAAAUCCCCAUGGUCUCCCAGCCUCGUCUACAAUCAAUACUGGUGCUACCGCUGUCGCAAAGAAGGAGCAAGAAAAGCCCAAACCAGCCGUUAAAGCAAUCUCUGAUGUGAAAUCUAAAGCCGCUGUCCCAUGGAACAUUUCUCCGUAUUCUAGCGGUGCAUCUGGUGCAUCCUUGACUUCAACGUCUGUGGAUCCUCAGACACAAAAUUCACAACUACUGUGGGAUGAGGAAGAACUGAUGUUUGAAGAAAUGUCGAAUCCUCCUAAGGGUAAGGGGAAAGAAAAAGACGUCGGUAAACGAAGAGCAUAUGUCCGAGUCGUAACCAGUUUGGGUGGUUCGCUAAACCUGGAGUUGUAUUGCGACAAGGCACCAAAAACUUGUUACAACUUCCUCAUGCUUGCGAAAGCAGGCAAGUACGACGACUGCCUCUUCCACAGACUUGUUCCUGGAUUCAUGGUGCAAACGGGUGACCCAACUGGUACAGGCUCUGGUGGGGAGUCCCACUGGGGUACUCCUUUCCGAGACGAGUAUGACAUGAGAGGUGCUGCAAAACAUGAUAGUCGUGGUGUCAUCGCCAUGGCCAACAAGGGCGCUGGCACGAAUGGAUCGCAAUUUUACAUCACGUUCAGAGCUACACCGAACCUCGACAACAAGCACACUGUCUUCGGCAAGUUAGUUGGGGGAGACGACGUCCUCGAUGCUCUAGAGAAACUUCCUCGCAAGGAUGGAACAGAACGCCCGGCGAAGCCUGUUCGGAUAACGGAAGUUAUUAUACAUCAGGAUCCCUUCGAAGUUCACAAGGCACGACUUGCAAGAAAACUUGCUCGGCGUGCAGAAGCACAGGAUGAUUCCAAGAAAGUGCCUGAAAAGACUCAAGGGGAUGACAUUAAUUGGUUCGGGGUCAAAGUCGGCACCGGGGACUCGGCAUUUGGUGGGGGUUCUGCAGGUGCUGGAGUGGGGAAGUAUUUAGGCAUCAAGAGGCCGUUGGAUCAAGCAACACCUGGCGUACAGACCAAUGAUAUCGGUGACGACGCCAAGAAGAAACGGAAAAUAGGGUUUGGAAACUUUGACGCUUGGUAGUAGACAGACAGUUGUUGCUCUAUUGUCUAAUAUCUGUAUCAUUAUCAUGCCAUCCUACUGUAGUGUCGAAAGUAUCUGUAGAUGUUUGGGAAAAGGUCGGGUAUGGAUA